AUGAGCUCCUUUGAUCCACAAACGCACUCUCCACCACGCUGCAGCCCACAAUUUCCAAAUAUUGGUCAAGAGCCUCCAGAAAUGAAUAUCUACUAUGAGAACUUCUUCCAUCCACAGAAUAUUCCCAGUCCGCAGCGACCGAGCACCUUUGAGACAACGGACUACAACAGCACACCCAAUCCUUACCUCUGGCUAAACGGACCUUCCAUUACUCCACCACCGUAUCUCCCGGGAUCCAAUGCCAGUCCUUUCAUUCCUCAGUCUUAUGGGAUGCAAAGGCAGCUCCUGCCUAACAUGCACGGCUUGGGAGGAACUGAUCUUGGCUGGCUUCCUCUCCCAUCCCAAGAAGAGCUUAUGAAGUUGGUUAGACCACCUUACUCCUACUCUGCACUUAUUGCCAUGGCUAUCCAUGGAGCACCAGAAAAGAGGUUGACUCUCAGUCAGAUCUACCAGUACGUGGCUGACAACUUCCCAUUUUACAACAAAAGCAAAGCUGGCUGGCAGAACUCAAUUCGGCACAACUUGUCUCUCAACGAUUGCUUCAAGAAGGUGCCUAGAGAUGAAGAUGAUCCAGGAAAAGGGAAUUACUGGACUCUGGACCCAAACUGUGAGAAGAUGUUUGACAAUGGCAACUUUCGCAGGAAGAGGAAAAGGAAAUCAGAUAUUGGGGCUAGUUCUGCCCAUCUUACAUCAGAGAAAUCCGAGGACAGUGCCUUGACUGGCAGCCCCAAAGCUGUAGAGCAUCAGGAUCUUUUGGAAAACUCAUCAUCUGGGACUGACAAUCCACCCGAUAAAGGAUCUCCGCCUCCAUCUUCCAGCAGUCCGUGCCUUAGUAAUUUCAUUUCCAGUAUGACUGCAUACGUUAACGGCUCUAAUUCAGUGGGCCGCUCAGUGCCAUUGGGACUUAAUGCUGAACCCACUGACAAAAUGGGACAGAAUAUGGUAGGCUUAAAUUCCUACUCUCCGCUCUCUAAUGUCCCCAGUCAUGGUGUGGGAGAGUGGUCCAAUUCUAUGCCUCCCAGUCACCUCGGCUAUAGCAACUCAGUGCUCAACCAGUUUAACAGCCAUUUUUACAGCAGUAUCAGCACAAAUAACACUCUGUUUUCCAGGGAGGGGACGGAGGUUUAAAUAAGAGAUCUUAAGACAUCAAAAUAUAGCUAUUUAUGAGAGGGAGUGACCGGUGGGUGGAUGAUUACUGUUAGUCUGUUAUCUCUAGGACCUGCAUUGUGUCCUACCUUCUGACAGCCCCAAACGUUUUAGCUGUUACGCUUACUCAAGUCACAAGCACUCCACAUUUGGCAGCUCCAUAUAAACAUGGAGAGAUUUUAACAGCAAGAAUAGUGAAGAGGUCUGCUGGAGGUUGUGUCUGUACUGCUGCCAACCAUGGCCCCUAUGGAGAUCCUUGAGAGGAAUUACUGUUCGCCUUAGGAAUGUAACCUUCUGGCAAGGUACUAACUUUGCUAUGAUGCUUUUAAAGCACUAAUAUGUAUUUGGCUAUAUCUGUAAAUUACCUCUCUUGCUCAUAUAGGCUGUCUGUACUAGAGAUUCUUGGUAUGUUCUUAUUUGGACAAAGCUAUUCUGAGACACUGAAGGAUCUACAGCAAAAACAACUGCAUAGUGAGUAAUAACUAGCAGGGAUGAGUGAAUGCCCUCUUUAAAUUUCUCUAACACUAGAGCAUACGUUGCCUCAACUCUGAUGCUGUUUCACCCCUAAGGGGAAUGUGGUUGUGAAGCAGGCUAGCAUAAUCAAGGACACAACAUUCAUUUUGAAACUGAAACAAAGCAUAACAAAACAUGGAGUUGCCUUCUGCUGGUGCAAUCGGAUCUUUGUGUUUCAAAUUCUGAGUACAGGGUCAAAUUUUGUGGCAAACGUCUCUGUACUACAUAUUUUCUUUCUUUUUGUAACAAAGUCCAUGCAAUUGUUUUGUCAUUGUGUAAAUAUUAGGAAUAAUUCUUAUUUUUUUAUAUUCUACUGUAACCACAAACAAAAAUUAAAAUAAAUGAAGUUUUUUCAAACCAAUAAUUGAAUCAAGUUUCAUACUUAUGUAAAAUAAUACCUCAGACUGUAGAGCCUGCAACAUAUGCAGGCACCACGUUUUACUGGUAUUUACUUUUACACUGCUGUGCACUGAUCAGACUUCCAGAAUGAUGGAAAACAUAUUAAUGCACUGUAAUAGCUACUGCUUUGUCUUGAUUUCUUGUUUUUAA